AUGUACCACUUCCUCCGAGAGACUGCUGGGAUUGCACAAAGGGAUCUGGGCUUGGCCUUGAUUCGAGCGAUCCCUGGGGGCCAUACCGGACGGUUCUGGCGACAUGUUCCGAUCGGGCCCCUACUACAUCAUAUCUCUCUGGUUCCGGAUACCACCUUCUCUCGGCCUCGAAGGCCACAAUCAAAUCUUGAGAGGCCUACCGGAUUCCUCCUGAAGCUUGUUCUGCGUCGCAUGUCACACAUACUAUGCCUGAACCAUCCUUUGGAAGUUGUGGACGAGAUGACGCAUGACUCGAGGGUACUCCUGGCCAUGGAAGCCGGUUCAUUGCUCCCGAAACGCCCGCCUCUCAUGGUAGCCACGGGGUUGUUCAUGAGCGCAGCGGCGGACCGCCUCGAGGGGUUCGACAUCCCGUCGUGCUCCGCAUGCCAGGCGCCCUGGACACACAAAGAGGGGCUGUCUUUAAUGGCUUGCAUCAGAAACUUUCCUCUCCCCCUCGCUCUCAACGACUGUCGAAAAGCGAAAUUGCAAAACCCCAGCGGAAAAAACCUCUCGAUGGCUUUCCUUGGCCCAAGUAGACAGGCAACGCCAGACCCAGAAUUGUCAAAGAUUGACCGGACCGUCGAGCCUAGCAUCAGCCGGCUUCAGCACUUGCAGGAAGAGCAGGGCAUUGCGCCACAAAACGACGUUGACGGGGUCGCGUUUAAUUGCUUGCAGGACCCAUUGGCGAAUCAACGAGCUCUCGGUGAAGUAUGGCUCACGCCAUUGGCCGAAUGUUCUCAAGCCGUUUCACUCGACACAGUGCGCCGGUUCCCAAAAGGCGGGUCCCUGCUGGCUACUGUCGUGUAUGUAUCCGCAUCCGUACUCCGAAACGUGGUCCACGUUCGAUUCGUGAGAAGAAAGAGUCCACCAUCCUGUUUCGAGGAAAGGCUUCUGGACCCCGACGUCCUGCGGAGUCAUCUAUGGGACUGGAGACUUGCAGAUAGAAAGAGAGAGAGAGAGGUGGGCAUUUGUCAUGACUUGCCUCCGAUCCCCUCUCCCACCCCGUUCGUCCCGUCCAUGUGCGCAAUUUCUGCCCUCUUGUGGACCCUACCCGUUUGUCUACCGUCCUCUCCCGAGGAGGACCCUCCAUCGUCCUAUCCGUCAAGUGUCAGUCACUACGGUAACUGGCCGUCCACCCUAUGCGCCCAGCCAAUCUCUUUCGUUGCGCAAAAAGUCGAGUGCAAAAGUCGUCCUGGCAACGAUCGGGGGCACGGCGGGCGGGACACACUACCAUCGAACUCCAGGCUAUCCACCAGCAGCACCUGUCCAUCAUCGGAUAUGUCCCUCUCCCGCCCGCUGUGCCCCGCGCCGCCGCAAAGCUUUGACCCCGCGGGUCAAGCAACUGUCUCCUACAACCCCUCAUUUUCUGCCUUUCUCGACGAACAGGCCGAUGAAGCACGCCUGCUCAAUAUCCGACUUCAACUAUAUCCCCUACGCAUGAAACACUAUCCCUUCCAACGGUCCUAUUUCCUAUCAAACCCCCGCCCUGGUUCCAGGUGUUCUUCGAGGCCGUUGUGGUCAAGCCCGUUCUGGACAAGUGUCGCGGCGCAGGAUCCAGAUCGCACAUGGAACCCGCUCUCUUUUGUCGCAUAA